AUGCUGCCCCUGUGCCUCGUGGCCGCGCUGCUGCUGUUGGCCUCCGGGCCCCGGCCGAGCCUGGGCGACGAAGCCAUCCACUGCCCGCCCUGCUCCGAAGAGAAGCUGGCGCGCUGCCGCCCCCCCGUGGGCUGCGAGGAGCUGGUGCGAGAGCCGGGCUGCGGCUGUUGCGCCACUUGCGCCCUGGGCAAAGGGAUGCCCUGCGGGGUGUAUACACCCCGCUGUGGCUCUGGCCUGCGGUGCUACCCGCCCCGGGGCGUGGAGAAGCCCCUGCACACGCUGAUGCACGGGCAAGGCCUGUGCAUGGAGCUGGCAGAGAUCGAGGCCAUCCAGGAAAGCCUGCAGCCCUCUGACAAGGACGAGGGUGACCACCCCAACAACAGCUUCAGCCCCUGCAGCCCCCAAGACCGCAGGUGCCUGCAGAAGCACUUGGCCAAGAUCCGAGACCGGAGCACCAGUGGGGGCAAGAUGAAGGUCAUCGGGGCGCCUCGGGAGGAAGCCCGGCCUGUGCCCCAGGGCUCCUGCCAGAGUGAGCUGCACCGGGCCCUGGAGCGGCUGGCCGCCUCGCAGAGACGCACCCAUGAGGACCUCUACAUCAUCCCCAUCCCUAACUGCGACCGCAACGGCAACUUCCACCCCAAGCAGUGCCACCCGGCCCUGGAUGGUCAGCGCGGCAAGUGCUGGUGUGUGGACCGGAAGACGGGAGUGAAGCUUCCGGGGGGCCUGGAGCCGAAGGGGGAGCUGGAUUGCCACCAGCUGGCCGACAGCUUCCGAGAGUGA